AUGAGUCGUGCGAGGUGUUUUGAGUGGCACGCACGCUUCAGGAGCGGCAGAACAUCACUAGAUGACGACAAGAGGCCUAGCCGACCUUCCACGAGCUCAACCCCUGAAAAUGUGGAAACAAUUCGGCAACUUGUGCAUGAGGAUCAUCGGAGAUCCAUCAACGACAUUGCUGCCAUCAUUGAUGUGUCAUACGGAACAGUGCAGGCAAUCCUAACAUCUGAUUUGAACAUGCACCACAUUGCUGCAAAGUUCGUGCCUAGGCUUCUGACCCCCGAUCAGAAGGAGCUCCGUGCCGAAGUCUGUCAAGAUCUCCAUCAGCGUUCCCUGGAUGACCCAACCUUCAUGUUAAGGGUAAUCACUGGGCAUGAGACUUGGCUCUACGGAUACGACCUGUAG